UCGCACGACUCUUUAGUCCUACGCCACUUCGCAGCCCCCUUCGAUACCCCAAGCCAGUUCGCGGCUUGCCGUUUGCAUUCGCCGUCGCCCCUUCGAACGGCUGGGACUCCCUUCGACGUCGCCCCUUCUCCUUCGCCGCCGCCCCUUCGAACGACUGAAAAGAGCACUGCCUUCGUCGUCUCGCCUUCACCGUCGCCCCUUCUACUUCGGCCUGAGACUCCCUUCGCCUUCGUCGGCUCUAAUACCUUCAACAUUUCUGUAGUCCGCCCUCAACAAGAAAUGGAGGAUAUCUUUGAAUCCUCUCUGCAUUUGGAAGAAACACACUAUGAGGAAGGGUAUUCUGAUGGCUACAAACACGGUCUAGUCCUUGGCAAAGAGGAGGCCCAACAAGUGGGCUUGAGAGUGGGCUUCGAGGCUGGGGAGGAGCUUGGCUUCUACCGCGGUUUCAUCGAUGUCUGGAACUUUGCCAUCCGGGUCGAUCAGACUCGAUUCUCGGAUCGAAUCCAAAAGAUGAUCAAGCAGAUGGAGGAGUUGGUUGAGAAAUACCCAGUUUUUGACCCAGAGAGUGAGAGCGUUCAAGAACUCAUGGGUGCUUUGAGGCUCAAGUUUAGGGCCGUUUCCGCAACACUGGGCAUGAAAUUGGAGUAUAAUGGAUACCCCAAAAUGGGGCAAGAUCCUAAGGAGAUCGGGUUUUAAUUUGUUUCUUUUUGUGAAGUUUUAGCAUCUAGAAAUGCUGAUUUCAGUUCGCCUUUCACCGAGGAAUCAGGCAUUGAGAGAUAAUAGUUAGUUUACUCGGGGCUAUUAUUUGGUGCAUCCUUUGCAAUGUCCAAGUAUUGCUUCUCUGGUGAAACGACUAUGACUUCAGGUGUAUUGUAUCAUAUAUGUGUAAGGCGCAUGAGAAUUGGAGAUGUGCUUUUAUUUUUUUAUGUGGAUAGAAGCUUUUUGGGAUUUUGUGCAGAUCGACUUCCUGUUUAAA